GUGAUGUCAUAAUAUAUUGGAUUCAGUCUACUAAUCUCCAGUGACAUUCUAAGCUCCAAUGGAAAACAGUGUCCAGAUGUAGCGUCGACUCACAGCUAAAACAUUCAACAUGGAUAUUUAUUUCAAUAACUUUUUACUGUUCUCUACUUGGAUGAAUUGUUACAUCGCAGCAGGCAAACAGGGAACUCCUGAAGGGGUUUUUGGAAAAGAACAUGAAGACAGUGCUAUUGAUUUUAAGAGUGACUUAAUCAUUGCCAUGAUGACUGUUCUUCUGUUGCUGGCAUUCAUAACCAUAGCCUGUUGCUGUUUCUUUCACUGCAAAUGUGUGACUGACACUGUUCCCAAAAAAGUGACCACAAAGAAAGUAGUCCAGUCUAUUGACAUCAAGACUCUACCACUUGGCAAAGAACAGUACACUGAACUUAACUCAGAGUGUAAAGCCAUGACCAAGCCUGGGCUCAUCCAUCUUUCUCAAUCUGAUACGUCAAAAAAGCAAACUGCAUCAUAUUAUAGACGCCAUGGUAUUACAAUGACUUUCUCCAACCCGCCUGCUUUCACGUGUGUAAAACAGUCUCUCUCUGAUGAUCGUUCAGAUCCGGAUUGUAGAAUGGACCACUUAAAAAACCUUUUCAGUCAGUCAAAACAUCCUUAUUCCUUAUUCCCUUGUGAGAGCUUUUUAGAUGCCUCGGGUUAUUGUUCAGCAAAACUUGUAGAUGGUGGAAAUCACACAUAUAGUGAAGAAAAUUCAGAAGAGGAUGAAGAAACCAUAUUUUGUCCCUCUGAAACUCAAAUUUUUAUAUCCCUCAACUCAGAUUCUUCUGAAGAUGAUUAAGAAAAAAAAUGCCUUGCUA